CCGUGCAUGUCAUCGUUGCGGUUCUACGCGAGUUUCGUCCCGGUGUAGAUUUCGCGCGUGUUCGUCGUGUGAUAGCAACUUACGAGAGAUUUUCGUUUUUAGUUAUCAGUUUUUUUUUUUUUUGAAACGUAAAAAAUCCGUGCAACUCACUCUUACGGUUCGCGGUGUUGUGCGGUGGUCAUACUAUUAAUAUUAUCAUGUCGGUCGACGGAUGAAAAAAACGGUUUGUCGGAAAAUCGUAUACUCCGCGGGACAUUUGGAAUCGAACUGAAUAUCCAGACAUUUUGAAAUCAAAAGGGAGGUUAAUUCCGAAUUGCAGACCGAUUUGGGGAAUGCGUCGAUGAUAUUUAAAUAACGAUACAUAUGAUUUUAUGCUGUGAAUUGUGAUAUUUUUGGUGAUGGAAGACUACAUCAGCGCCGUUCUUGUAUGCAAACCAAAAUUACAAGUCAAAAUAAAGUGAACUAAUCAUUUUGAAAAAUAAUUUGAUGAAAACUAAGCAAUGACUGAAUUAUAUUGGCAAACACAAAACUAGACCAAUCAUCAGUUCAUAAAAAUUGAAUCCAUGAGAUGUUCGCUCGACGUUGCCGGUCUGACCCAGUUUUCGACGGAACCACCGCCUGCGACGCCGCCAUCGCCGCGGUCACUUCGGGCGACUGACGGCCGAAUCGCGUAAGGCAGCGGCGGUGGCGGCGGCGGCGACUGCUGCUGCUGCAUCGCCAUGGACCGGACGCCGUCGUGCUGUUCGCAACCGGUGGCCGCGGCGGCGGCCGUGUACAACUACGGUGUGGCCGGCGCGACGAUCGGCGGUUACGCCACGUCGUACGACGGCCACCCGCUGUCCACGUCGUCGUCGUCGGCGGUCGGCGUGACGACGGCGGUGGACGACGGCCAAGGGUGUUUCUGUUGCGACAGCGACGACGACAGCGUGGAACGGGCCCGCGUGGCCCACGCCAAGCGCAAGUGCUACAAAAGCUGCCUGCGGAACGCAUUCGUGUGCGCCCUGCUGGUAUCGUACACGUUUGCCGGUGCGCUGAUAUUCCUCAGCAUCGAGGGUGAUGUGGACGCCGAUGCCUUGGACGCGGACGACGGUGGUGGCGGCGGCGGCAGUCCCGUCCGACUGGCCGGCCUGAUGCCCGCCCAACAGCAGAACCUGACGGCCGCCUGGCUGGCCGCGGCGGCUGCGGGCGAAGAGAGUCGCGCCCGGACCGUGGAGACCAUAUGGGAGAUCACGGUCAACUUGAACAUACUGUACCGGGAGAACUGGACCCGGCUGGCCGCGCAGGAACUGAACCGGUUCCAGGAGGACCUGAUACGCCGCCUCACGCAGCAGAUGGAAAUCGAAUCGGCCGCAGUCAGCUAUCACACCGGCGGCGGCGGAGGCUUCAUCGUCGACCACGGUGGUGAAUCAGUGGACAGCACCUUCGAAUGGAACAUGGCCACGUCGUUCCUCUACUGUCUGUCCAUACUCACCACGAUCGGAUACGGAAAUAUCACACCGAAGACCGCUAUAGGUAAAAUGGUCACAAUGGUGUACGCGUUGAUUGGCAUCCCAUUGAUGUUAGUGUACUUAUCAAGCAUUGGUGGUCUGUUGGCGUGGUGUGCCCGAGGAAUAUUUACCAGGUCGCUGUGCUGUUGUCUGUGCUCCAAGUGUGGGUAUUGCUGUUACGACGAGAAGCUGAUGGAGGAAAAAGAGCGGAGGAUGAAGUUAAAACGCGAGAGGAAGGAGUACGACAUGCAAAUGAAAACGUUCUCCGGCCACGCGCUCGAACCGUACUACGUGCGGCCGGGCGACGCGGACGACGGCGUGUUCCUGAGGGUGUCCGACCGGGCGGCGGCUAGUGCCGCAUCGGCGGCCGCUGCGGCAUCCGAUUCAGCGUCGGUGGCCGCCGCGGAGCUGGCGGCGGCCGCGGCGGACAGCGCCAGUUUCGUGCCACUGCUGUUGGUCGGCUUCGCGUUCAUGUCGGCGUACAUCGGCUGCGGCGCGGCCGUCCUGCACCGGCUUGACGCCGGCGGAAAGUCGUACCUGGACUGCGUAUUCUUCUGCUUCAUGUUGCUCAGCACCAUUGGUUACGGCAACUCGCGGUCAAUGGACGUGACGCUCACCGGCACGGCCACCGUUUGGUUCUGUUCCGUGUACAUACUGUCCGGCAUGGCACUCACGGCCAUGUGCUUCAACAUCGUACACCACGGCGUAUCCACCAAACUGAAGACGCUGUACCGGCCGGCGACGGCACAGACGAGUGACGGCGGUGGCGUCUGCUGCGGCGGCGUCAACCCGGCGCAGCAACAUCUGCAACAGCAGCGCGAAGACUGCGGCGUCGGCGGUUGCGGAGGCAGUAUAAGCGAUCUGACGUUGUCAUCUACGCGCGGCACCGCCUCUAACACCGCCGCCGCCACCACCGCUGCCGCAAAGUCCUGACACGCGAAACGUGGCCACGGUGACCGUCUCGGGACGUCGUCAGACUGCGGCUGCGAUGACGACGACGAUGACGACGGUCGACGCCACCGCAAUUGCUGUGCCGUGGCGGCUGAGUGUGGCGGACCCGCGGCUGUGAUGACCAAUUACAUUGGCCACAACGGGUACCCGCAACCCGAGAUCGUGGCCAUCGCCACCGGAGGAAAACCCAAUGUCGCGGUCAGCCCGGCCACGUUGGCCGCCGACUGUUUCGAUAUCAAGUUCGGUAGCGUCCUGCAAGAGUCGCCGCCGCCGCCACCACCGCCGCCGUCCAUGUCUGUAGUCGACCUGACCAACUUGGACACGAUCGCGGAGGCAGACGAUUCCGUCGAAAUGUGAAAAAGCGAAUCUCGCUGCUUUUUUUUCAAAGAAAAAAAUUGAAUACGUUCUCCGCUUCGUCUGUCGCGGCAUUACCUAAUAUUAUUAUUAUCAUAAAUCAUUAUAAUAAUAAUAUAAUGCUACCUGUAUAACAAAUAACUAUGUAUUAACCAUGUUAUCGACAUUAUAUGUCGAAUGGCCAAGAUAAAAAUAUUUAGAUACCUUCUAUUCAUAGGCGUAAUCUGGGGUAAAUUCUGUGAGGGAAAAUCUGUGGUAAAACUAAAAAUGUAUAAGGUAAAAAGACACUAUUGCCCCACUCGGUUAAAUAUCUGAGUGAGCCGUUGCCCCCGCCCCCUCGACAACCACAGAUUACGCUUAUGCUUCUACUGGCCACUAGUGUAAGAAAAAGAAAACAUUGUUUACGUUUAUUAUUGAUUUAUGUGACAAGACCAUACCAAUAUACAAAUAGUAUAACUUCUAUAAUAUUUAGGUUUAAUUUUUAAUCAAACCGAUGAUAACGUUUUAACCAGAAAAACAGACUGGUGAUGGAUUAUUAUCAGUGGUGUAUUGGUACGGGUACGCGGGUAUACGCCGUAUACCCAUCAGAAGAUUUUCGAUUUUCGGCGUAUACCCAAUGUAAAAUCUUAUUUUACGGGUAUACGCUUCCAAAAUAACCAGAAAACCAAAUAAGAUUUAAAAUUUAUUUAAUAGUUCAUAUAGGAAAAAAACUUUAUUCGUAUUAAUAAAUUUAUGUAUUAAUGAAUUAUUUAUCAAUUGAAAUAGGUAUUGAAUAUAAGUUAUAUAACAAUAUGCGUUGUGUUUAAUACUUUAAUGUAUUUUAAGACUAAGUUCAAUUUAGUAAACCCAAUAUUGAAUUCAAAAAAUCUUUGUGGAAAAUUCUAUAGAUUGUACCUAAAAUAAUAAUGUUAUUAUUAUUUUAAUUUUUUUGACAUUCGAGUUGAUUUUGUUUUAUUUUCUAUUGUUACAUUAGAUAUACAAAAAUUAAUAAAAUAAAGUUAAAAACUAUGUACUAAUUGAACUGCAAUAACGUUAUAUAAUAUAUACGAUGAUAUAAUUUGAUCGUUUAGGUUACAUACAUAUUUUAUUGGUGCGUCGUGCGUAUACCCAUAAAUAUAUUUACCAAUACACCACUGAUUAUUAUACGUUUAACUGUAAUACUUCACUCUCUAAUUCAGAAUUCACAAUACAUUUAGCGUUGAAUAAUGUGAACAAUUUUUGUUCCAAUAUCAUUAUAAUGUCAUAUUACAUUGGCAGCCUAAUCAUUUUCGAAAUUGUAGCAAUAGCUCUACCUAUCUAAAUACUUAAUUACACACGUUUACAAAUUAAUAAUGAUUAUUGUUUUAACGGACAGAUGCGAAUAAUUAUUAUUAGGUCCUUUUUUUAUUCACAGUCUAGAACGAACCAAUCAUUCUUCUACGAUGAUCCUAUAUACACACACAAUUGUCUAUAUUAAACGAUUUUUUUUAAUAAAAAUUAAUCACAAUCAGUGUUCAUCUCGUAUUACUUUUUAAAAACUCUUCUUUAAUGUCGAUAAUUUUAAUGUAGGUACAAUGAAAUAUUUUUAUUUCUGUUUUAAAUGUAAUAAAAGUAAAUCUAAAAAGAACCUUGGCAAAAAUAGAAUCAUGAAUUCCGGUACUCAUUAUAAAUAAAACAAAACUUGUACCUAAUAAAUUAGGUAACCCACUCAAAUCACCAAACUGUAUUUGUGGUACCUACUACCUAGGUAUUCGAUACCACAACUACAGUAACUGGCAAUAAAUUCACAGACUUGUUAUUUCGUUUAGUAAAUAAGGUAUCCUAUGUGUUGUGUUAAAUAUGUAUUUGAAAUUUUAUGAGUGUUUUAAUCUAAUUUUACUAGUAAUUGUAACACUACUUUCCUACCCUGAAAAAGCCUAAUUUAUAUAUUUUUAUAACGCUCAAUAUUUUUCUUUUAAUUUAUUUUACUAGGUAUGUGCCUAACAGAUUUUUUGUCAUUUCCAAAAACAACAUUUGUUUGGACAGACCGACAUGACUAAAAAAAAAAUCCUUAAUAAAUUAAACAUAACAUUCUAAAAAGUUUAAUAUAAUACCUACAAUAUUUUAAUUUAAUUAUAUUGUUAAAUAAUGAAUUCAAAAUGUUGAGUAAAUAUUUCACCAGGUUUAAUUACAUAGGUACCUAUUACAUUUUCACAACUAACCAAAAUUAUUUAAUUUAAAUAUUUUAAAUGUUAUAUUAUUGGUAUAAUGAUAUCGCAUUCUCUUGUUUGUAAAAUACAUUACCUACCUACCUAUAUAUUGUGUGUAUAAGUGUAUUAAAUUAUUAUUUCGUAAUAACAUAUUAUAAUAAAAUAAUAACCGCGUCGAACAAUUUUCUAAAAUUUAAUUGUAAAAUUUACAAAUUCAACUUUUAUUUGUAUUUACUAAUUUUCAUUAAUUUUUAUUUCUUUAAAAAAAAAUCGAAUUAUUACCUACGUCAAGUUUUGCUCACGUAUGUAUUUAGUUCUUUUGACUUUUUUAAACAUAUUUAUUUUAAUUUGUCUUAUUAAAAUUAUUAAGACAACCUAAAAGUCAAUUGAUAUUUAUUUUUUUUUAGUUUGCUCCUAGUGAGGUACCGUCAAACAGGAUAGAAUAAGGUUAAAAGGGGUAACUUGAGGCAGUUUUAAAAUUAUAUUAAAAAUUAAGAGACAGUUAAUAGUUAAUACAGUUGUUUAACUUUAUCAUGUUACAACAACAUGUGCCUUAAUCAAUCCUAUAAGAAUAUUAAAUGUUAAAUUUUUCAAUAUUAUUAGUGCUAUCGUAUAGUAUCGAGUGUCAAAAAUCAAGGUUUUUACAGUACAAUUACACAAUGGUACUACACAAAUAAAGCGUAUACUUACCAAGUAGAAAUGAAGUAUCUCAAAGACUCCAAACUAUUUUUAUUUUUUUAAGAAUGUUGUGGAGAAAAUAUUUAAAUGUCAGUAAUUGAGUAACGAUUAAGAAGUAAUAACAUAAAGAUAAUAGUAAGGCCCAAAAAAUAAAAUAUGAUUAUGCCUAUGUUUCCCAGUUUGGCGGUAUACUGUUUUAGUUUUACAACUGUUUCAUUAUUUUACUUCCUAAGUAUAUGCAAUAAUAAUUAUCAUUUAAACAACUGAGUAUGUUACCACUAAACGUAUAGUAAUAUUGUUUUAACAUCGAUUUGUCUCUGUAAAUUUACUUGUAUUUAAUGUAAAGUGUUGUAAUUAGUACUAAAUAAUAAUUAAUAAUAUAUGAUAAAAUAUUAACUUUAUCAGUUUUAUAAAGUGUGAUCAUUUUAUCAAUUGGUAAUUAAAUUUUCUCGGCCAGAUAACGUUGCAUUGAAUCCGGAUUUUUUUUCACAGAAGCAAGAGAUUACAUAAAUAAACAUUUUUAAAUAGCAACCUCGUCUGAUACUAUAUUUGAGUGGACCUGUGUUUUAAAGUAAUUUUGAACUGAACAACGUGGCUUUAAACUCUAAAAUGAAAAUUAGCUGAAUGAAAAACAUAUAAAAUUUAAUCUAAAAUACUUUUUUUUAUUCGUUUAUUAAUAUCUAUUUAUAUAAAUUAACUCAAUAAAUUAAAGUCUUUGUUUAUAAAAUGUUGCACCAAAUAAUAUCUCACUUAGACACCUAGUAUUGAACAAUUUGUCUAAGUAUUGUCAUUACAAAUAGUUAUUGAAUACCUAAUAAUAAUAGCAAUAAUAAUAAUUCAAACUAGAGAUUUUACGAAUUGUUCGAUUUUCAACACAAUUAGAAAACCAAAAUACCUUUUUACGAUUAAAUUUUAAACGCCCCUAACUCGGUGAAUUCUUAAUUCAGAUAAUCUACAGUGUUUAGGUGACCGACCGUCCCUAUAUAGCUUGUGAAAAAAGUCCCGAUUCAAUCCAACGUAAUCCGGCCGAGAAACCCCGGGGACGGGGCUCUAUACACGGCGUUUUCCGACGAGUUUCGUACGCCGAGUUUUCCGACGGAUUCAUCAUUCGUUGUUUUCCAUUCGAAUGGCUAAAAUGCCUAAAAUACACGACGACUGUGAUCCGCCACGGAAAACGCGGCUGGGCGCCACCACCCCACGUUUUCCGUCGGACCACCGGAGUUAUACAAAACGCUAAUAUUCUUAAUCUUUCACACGUUUUCUCCGAUUGCGAUUGGGUUACACCGGUGACGGAAAACGCCGCGUUUAUACCCAUACCGAUUGUAUAUUAUUACUAUUAAAAUUUAGGCGGCGGAACAUUACGUCGACGGACACGUAUAAUGUGAUGGCUGCGAUUUAGUAAAAAAAAAAACGCUGCGAGUAUACGAAACGCGUGGAAAACCGACGUGUAGCCAGGGUCGCUUAAAAAAAUGAUCAUACUGUAUAUUGAAACAAAUAACAAUAAACCAUGUCCAUAUCUAACAUAUUACCUAACAAUAUCAAUCAGUUAUAAUAUUAUAUUAUUUUGUUUUCAACUGUGCAUGUAAAUAAAGUUGUACUGUUAAAUUGAUUAAAAUCUUUGUAUUGUUGAAUAAUUAUACCGUUUACACGAUUUAUUAAUUGAAUUGUAAAUAGAUAUCCAUUUAUGAUAGUAAAAGACAAAAGUUGUUAUUGUACAUUAAAUCACAAUAUUAACAACAAUAAUAAAAUGCGUAUCAACACAAUGGGUUUUUAUAACUCCUUGAAUUUCGUUCA